AUGAGUUCCGCACUGAAGGUCACGUCAACCGGUGAACAAGUGGCCCGUCUGCCGGGGUGCGAAGUGUUGCUGCUCGACGGUUCCGACAAGCUGGUCCGCAAGUACGACGGUCACCGGGUCACGGUGGUGUGCGGUUACGAUCCACAGGGCAUGACGCUGCGUUUGCUAAGCGAAGCGGAAGUGAUUCCGAAAGGCAGCCGGCCCACGGAAGGGCGACAGCUUGAAGAGCUGCUCGUGGAUGGUUCCAGCACGACGCACCUGCCGCGCGGCAACACCGCCCACCUACUGGUCGUGGGUGGGGAGGUGAUCGUCAUUCGGUUCGCGUCCCGCUCCGACUGCCAGCAGUUUCGGGGGCUGCUGCAAAAGAUCUCCGGCAAGGUGAGCUCGGUGUUUAACCUGCGCACCGAGGACUCGUCCGCCUCGCAGUACUUCCAGUUCUAUGGCUACCUGUCGCAGCAACAAAACAUGAUGCAGGACUUCGUGCGGACCAGCACCUACCAGCGGGCGAUCUACAACAACGCACAGGACUUUCAGGGCAAGGUGGUGCUCGACGUCGGUGCCGGGUCUGGAAUUCUAUCGUUCUUCGCGGUGCAGGCCGGUGCGGCCAAAGUGUACGCGGUGGAGGCAAGCAAUAUGGCACAGUACGCUCAGCAGCUGGUCAGUUCGAACAAUCUGAGCGAGAAGAUCAUCGUGAUCGCGGGCAAGAUCGAGGAGAUCGAGCUCCCGGAGCGGGUCGACGUAAUCAUCUCCGAGCCGAUGGGCUACAUGCUGUACAACGAACGGAUGCUCGAGACGUAUCUGCAUGGCAAGAAGUGGCUGAAGGCGGACGGACGAAUGUACCCGUCGCGUGGCGAUCUGCACGUGGCCCCCUUCACGGACGAGGCACUCUACAUGGAGCAGUACAAUAAGGCUAACUUUUGGAUGCAGACCGAGUUCCACGGUGUGAACCUGGUGGCGCUGAGGGACGCCGCGAUGAAGGAGUACUUCCGGCAGCCGAUCGUCGACACGUUCGACAUUCGGAUCUGUAUGUCGAAAUCGGUGCGCCACACGACGAACUUUCUCACGGCGGACGAGAAGGACCUGCACCGGAUUCUGCUCGACGUCGAGUUCCAUGUGCUCGAAACGGGCACCUGCCACGGGUUGGCGUUUUGGUUCGAUGUCGAGUUUGCCGGCAGCUGUUCGCAGAUCUGGCUGUCGACGGCACCGACCGAACCGCUCACGCACUGGUACCAGGUGCGGUGCCUGCUGCAGACACCGAUCUUCGUCAAACAGGGCCAGGUCCUGUCGGGGAAGGUGGUGCUGGCGGCGAACCAGCGCCAAAGCUACGACGUCGAGAUCGACCUGAAGCUCGAGGGCACGAUGAUCACGUCCUCGAACACGCUCGAUCUGAAGAAUCCGUACUUCCGGUACACGGGAGCGCCCGUGCCUGCUCCGCCCGGGUCCAACACGACCUCGCCGAGCGAGGCGUACUGGAGCCAGCUGGACGCGCAGGGCGCACGGAAUGCGGUCAAUCUGGUAAACGGCAUCACGGUGAACGGGCUCGGCGAGGUUGACAUGUCCUCGACAAUUAUCAACACGAACCUGAUGGCGAUCGGCAAUCAGCCCAACAUACAUCCGGGUCUCAUCUCGAGCACCGGCCGGCAACAACAGCAGCAGCAACAAUCGCAGCAACAAUCGAGCAACUCCGCGACGCAACAGCAACACCACCACCAGCAGCAGCAGCAGCAACAAUCGACGACCGCGCAGCAGCUCGCAAUGACACCGCCGAUCGGGUGUGCGGCCACCUCUACGCAGAACGUCGCCCAACACCAACUGAUCGGUGGUGCCAUCUCGCCCUCGCUCUUCACCUCGCCGGCCCAGCAGCUGCUCAACAGCCAGCACCACCACCAUCACCAUCCCGGUCAACCGCUGCACGGCAAUCAGUUCUACUAGGAGUACAUUCGUGCCCAGGGCAGGAGUGAGAUUUUCAUCUAAUCCCGACGCCAGCUCCUGGACAGGAAAGAACACAAAUAUCAAACGCGUGCGAAACGGUAACGGUGCAUGCCCCACCUUCGCAUGAUGACGCAAACGAAGCACACGAAGAUGGAUUU